AUGGCAGAACAAUGGCCACCGACGUUUUGUAGAAAUAAACAUUGUUCUGUAAUACCACCUGGAAAGUUCACAAUCCAUGGAUUGUGGCCUUCUAAUCAGACUUCUCUUCGGUCACCUAAAUGUGUUACAAAAGAUCCACAACUUCAAAAAUUUACAAAGGCAAUGAUUAGUAAAUUAGAAACUCAACUCGAUCUCUCUUGGCCAAAUUUAAAGGGACAAUCAAAUGAACAAUUUUGGGCUUAUGAGUGGAAUGCACAUGGAAUAUGCUCUUCCAACAUGUUCAACCAAACUCAAUAUUUUGAGUUGGCACUAAAUAUUUGGAGCAGAUAUGACCUUUUUGAUAUUCUUAAACAAGAAGGUAUUUCUCCAGGUAUUAAAGUCUCAUAUGAUAUUACAAAAAUCCGUAAUGCCAUAAGAAAACACAUAAAUCUCAAUGUUUUCCCUCAAAUUCAUUGUGUGAAUUCUGAGUUACUUGAAAUAAGGUUGUGCUUAGAUCAAUCUGGAAAUACUUACAUUCGUUGCCCUACACCCGGCAAUUGUGGAAAUACUGUACUGUGGGAGCCAUGA